GCCUCGCGGCCCUGCAGCCUCGUCAGGCUCAGUCCCCUCCCGAUAAACCCCUAAAUAGGGACUUUCCCGGGGGGUGACCCUGGCUUUUUUGGCGAAAACCCCCAGUUUAAGGAGGCCUUCCCGCUGGCUUCACGUUGUGGAGUCGAAAGGAACCUUGAAGCGGAGAAUGAGAGCUCGUGACUUGGACCCGAGGAAAAAACCUGCCAACCAGGAUUUAAUAGAAUUCAGCUCUUUCAGGCUUUGGAGGGAAGGCGAUUUGAACGGGAUUUCAAAUGAAAAACCCUAUCCCUUCGGCUUUUUUUUUCCUCUCUCGGGUCUCUUCACGUGAUGGUCCUACUUUAUUUUUAAAAAUUAAAUGGCGCAUAUUCCCCAGCAUCCUAAAUCUAGUGCAACCUAGUGGCAAGUGGAGAAAAAAAUAACUGCCAACCCGGCUUCCUGCGAGGUCCCCCGGAGUUCUCGCAAAGUUGCGACCCAGCUGGCAAAAAUACAGUGUGUGCAAAGACUCAACUGGACAUUGCCACCAAGAAUCAAGAGAUUUUGGGGGACUUUAGCAAGAAAACGUUAUUUUUAAAAGCCCUGCUCCAAAGCUGGUUACAAAUGAAUACUGCGUUUCCAGUGACAGGUUGGGCGAGCAGAAAGGAGAUCUUACGACACCAUGCCACAAGGAGAGUGAUCUCUUCCCCUGUUUUCACAAUGGAGGACUCCGGAAAGACUUUCAGCUCCGAGGAGGAAGAAGCUAACUAUUGGAAAGAUCUGGCAAUGACCUACAAACAGAGGGCAGAAAAUACGCAAGAGGAACUCCGAGAAUUCCAGGAGGGAAGCCGAGAGUAUGAAGCUGAAUUGGAGACUCAGCUGCAACAAAUUGAAACCAGGAACAGAGACCUCCUGUCCGAAAAUAACCGCCUUCGCAUGGAGCUGGAAACCAUCAAGGAGAAGUUUGAAGUGCAGCACUCUGAAGGCUACCGGCAGAUCUCAGCCUUGGAGGAUGACCUCGCGCAGACGAAAGCCAUUAAAGACCAAUUGCAGAAAUACAUCAGAGAGCUGGAGCAAGCAAACGACGACCUGGAAAGAGCCAAGCGUGCCACGAUCAUGUCUCUCGAAGACUUUGAGCAGCGCUUGAAUCAGGCCAUCGAAAGAAAUGCCUUCCUGGAAAGUGAACUUGAUGAAAAAGAGAAUCUCCUGGAAUCUGUUCAGAGACUGAAGGAUGAAGCCAGAGAUUUGCGGCAGGAACUGGCCGUGCAGCAGAAGCAGGAGAAACCCAGGACCCCCAUGCCCAGCUCAGUGGAAGCUGAGAGGACAGACACAGCUGUGCAGGCCACAGGCUCAGUGCCGUCCACGCCCAUCGCUCACCGAGGACCCAGCUCAAGUUUAAACACACCUGGGAGCUUCAGACGUGGCCUGGACGACUCCACCGGGGGGACACCCCUCACACCUGCGGCCCGGAUAUCAGCCCUCAACAUUGUGGGAGACCUACUGCGGAAAGUCGGGGCACUGGAGUCCAAACUCGCUUCCUGCCGGAACCUCGUGUACGAUCAGUCCCCAAACCGAACAGGUGGCCCAGCCUCUGGGCGGAGCAGCAAGAACAGAGAUGGUGGUGAGAGACGGCCAAGCAGCACCAGCGUGCCUUUGGGUGAUGAGGGGUUGGGGAAGCGCCUGGAAUUUGGGAAGCCGCCUUCACACAUGUCUUCAUCGCCGCUGCCGUCAGCCCAGGGGGUAGUCAAGAUGUUGCUUUAGGAAAACCAUGGAAGCUGAAGGCAUAAUGAAGUAACCAGGGUGAUCAUCAAGUAAAAUUAAAGCACAAGAUCAUUGUAGGAGGCUUCCUUGUCAAAGACGUGAACAUGGGAUUUCCAGCGCACCACGGUGUGUCCGCUCAUCACUGCAUGUUAGGAACUGCUGUCUCUUUGGGACACAAGUUAAAAGAACACACUAAUUUCUGGAGUGUGCCUGCAGCUUCACGGCCUUCAUUUUGUUACUAGUUAUUUUCUGGAAGAACAGCAAAAAUUUCAGGUUGAAAACAGAACUUUCCAAGUGCUACUGAAAUUCCGCAGAGAAUUAAGCUGCGAUGGUGGGUUUCUUACCCUAGAAACAUCCUAACCUGUAUCCACAGAAGAUGUCCUUUUAUUUUUUUAAAAGAUCAAUAAAAUCAAGAGAAACGAA